CAGUUUCUGAACACAGGUUGCACUGACUUGUUGCUCACUCGAUCUUGACUUAUAUUGUAUUCAAAGGUCCUAUCAUCCUAUGGCCUCUUUCACUAUCUUGACCAACUACCUUCGAAUCCCAAUCAUUCCAGCCCUUCCGUGAGCAUGGCUAUAGGAGGUCCAACGUCCUCAGAUGAUUCGUCUGAUUGGGUCUCCUACAGUAGCAGUUCUUCUCGCAGUGCCAGCAGCGGUGUCAAUUCAUUGAUAUCGACGUUGAAGCGAAGUUCCUGGUUGACGUCAUACUGGCGCAGGUCAAUCUUCUCCACGCGAGAGAAAGACGCCAACGGCGGCACCGACCGUGACACCUCCGGGCGUGUGCGUGUGCCUGAGGUACCCGGGGUCGCGCUUGCAGACUCUGAACCCAAAUGGUUUGGACCCCCGCCGGUCGGUGAUCUAUCACACGGUUUAUCUCCAACACUGAGCAUUGCGUCGAUUUCGACGCACACACGCAUUCCUGCUUCUUCUCCGCCUCCCUCUCCGCCCGGUCGAUGCUCUUCCUUUCUCAAGCGAGACGAUAGGUCAAACACGAACCAUGGCAACACUCAAGAGACUCCGCCGAUCUAUCUACUACCUGCACCUGCGCUGAGUUGUUCACUGCCGCAGCCUCAUGCUCAGAUAUGGUACGAAGCAGUCAAGAUGAUAGGCCCUCAUAACCCAACACAAAGUCCGAACCUGUCGGAGCUCCUGACAGGUUUGUCGAGCAGCGAAGAUGCCAGCCGUAAAAUGGCAGCCUUCAAGCUGCAGUCGCUCAUCAACGACCCUUCAUUUGCCGAGCACUUUGUCCUCGCCGGUGGCCUGCCUCGAUUGCGCGCUCUCAUCCUCGAAAGUAGUGGAAAUACUCUGGCGUACAGCCUCGCCAGUUUUGCUCGGUUACUGGAGGUGGAUCAGGGCUGGGAAGCCGUCAAUGACCCGGUAGUCGAAAGGGUUGUGGAACUCGUUGUAUGCCAACCGUUGGUCAAUAUCUUGCGAGGAGCCAUGGCCAUACUGGUCUCGAUUGUUUCGCGCCCAUAUCAUGCCGACCGAUCCUCUGACGACAGCUCGUCAAAUAAUGCUGGCGGCUUUCAAGCCCUCAAGCCGGCCAUUGCAGUCUACCCACAGUUUCUGGAGAUGCUUGUGACCAGGCUAUCCUCGGCAGACCAUGCGUUGUGUGCAAAUGCCCUACAGUUGAUCAACUCAUUAAUGCGCGACGCCAUCACAAAUGACAACGAGACGGAGUGGCCGAAGUUCAUAAAGCGAAUUCAAGACUUGGGUGUCAUCAAGGCGGUUUACGUGCUGAUGCAAAGUUCGGCUCUACAAGAUCUGGCUCAUCCUCUUCUCGAGUUCCAGGCGCUGACAAAGAUUCUCCUCAGACGAUGGAGGGAAGUCCCCGUGGACUUGGUGAAACCUGAGCACAGACGCACCAUCAAAGCAAUUCACCUUUCGAGCAAUCCUGAGAAGCCCGAAGAGCCCGAAACCCGGAAUGGCGAACCCAAGCCCAAGCACAAUCCUCAGAAAUGGAGGCGUCUGGGCUUCACUAGCGAGAACCCAGAGCCGGAUUUUGCUGACAUGGGCUUCCUGGGUAUGAUGGAUCUGUCAGAUUAUGUACGCAAGCAUCAAGACGAGUUUCAAAAUAUCCUGCUUGAACAGGCGGUUGCCUCUGAGCAGAAGAGAUGUCCUUUGGCUAGAGUCAGCCUGACAUUGACGGCGAUCCUGUUUGAACAUUUUGAAGUGGAUAAGAUGGAUCUGGAAGACUCGAAAAGCUAUCUAGCCCUUGAAAGUCGGACCAAUCUUGACAAGGUCUUCAAACCUUUACUGCUACAUUGGAGUCGGCUGCAUGUGGCAGGAUUGCAUGCCUUUCUGAGACUUUGGAAGUCGACUGGAGCUGAGAUCGAUGAUUUCCACAAGAUUGUCGACUUGGUUCGUAUAUUGAUUGAGAGCGUCGUUGGCGGAGCGGACCGUACUAGGGGUAUUGAAGAGAUUGAAAAGGAAAUGGCCGCUUUCGAAUACAGUAAAAUCCGCGAGCUCCAAAUGGAACUGUUGGGAUUGACUUAUGAAGAUGUCUGGGGACACCAUCUUCGUGGCGUCAAGGAGGAGCUGCAAAGUGAAGCACUCCAAUUCAUCAAGGAACAGAGAAUACGAUGUCUUCUCGCCGGAGCAUGGUUUCCCAACAGUGGCACUUACGCUGAUCAGGAAAAUGGCGGCCCAGUAACCGAAACCACCUUGCAUCAAACAUCCUCCCAUGGCUACCGCUUCAUCCGGUUGUCAGAGAAUCGACGGUUCCUACAUUGGGGUGAUUUCGAAGAGAAAGACGAACAAUUUCCACCUCUCUCGAGCCUACCAGGCAAGAUCGAUCUAUCGAUAGUGUCAUCGGUGGUCUCCAACGUGACUGCAAAUGACCGGUCAUCGAUUGCGUCGGGGUCAACUUUGAAGGAAUUGACGCAUGACAAGUUCACGACAACGAAGAUCACCAUUCAUAGUUAUCUGUCAAAGUCGCGCAGUAGUCGUGAAGGACACUCUCGAAACGCGUCCAAGACUUCAUCAGCACGAAGCGGAGCCAAGGAGUCGGUCUUGUUGACGUUUCAGCCCAACAGUCAUGCUGCCGCGUCUGAAUGGCUCGAUGGCCUUUUGAUGCUUCUUGAUCAACAGCCCAUUACCGCGGAGACGAACAGACUUGUACACAUGAUGAGUGAUUAUGGACUCAAGGUCCGCUUGUUGAAUGUCCGUUUUAAUGACGAGGAGGGCAUUGUGGAAGGCAUGGACGGGAUGGACGGUCCUGAGAUUCCGAGCAGAGAAGGAUUGGAUGAAGAUUAUUACUAUGAAAUCUGAGCUCUACAACAGCGAGGUGGUCGUGGAAGGUACGGAUUAUUCGAAAUUCCUUGGAUAGACUGGCAGCUUUCGCAUCUCAAGAUCAAGGCAUGUUGGGAUUGACUCGGGCACAUGUGGCACGAAAUCGGAGUCGAUAAGAGAGUGUUUGG